UCAGUCUGUCUGGAAGCAGCGUGGGGUUCGUAUCGCAGAGAGCCGCGCAGAGCCGUGCGGGGGGCGCGCGCACGCCUCGUCGUCUCGACGCUCGCCUAGACUCAAGUGGCGUGACCCGGGGAGGGGAGGGACUGAAAUAAACGCUCACAUGGGACUCCAUGCAUCAUGAAGUAGUGGCACUAUCACAUGCUCCAGUUAAGCCCCCUGACUCCUUUUGAGACCACAAAGUUUUCGCUCCAACUUUCAAUCGUUUCCGUGAUUAAUUAACAUGGAACUAGAGUAGGCACGGACAUCGUUAGUAGAGGCGGCUGUGCUCCAACUGCUGCCUGAGGCAUUUCAACGUCCAGCCAGUGCAAAAGUUCCACGUAGGAUUUACCAAACUAAGGAUACGACGUAUUAGCUCUGCAUCAGUCUCCAACGUGAGGUUUGCCGCCCCGCCCGCAGCCACCAUGCGCAGGGUGCCAGGCUGGGCCCGACGGCCGCGGGCGGCUCCGGCCCGCGCGCAGCAGCAGCAGCAGCAGCGUCGCCUCUGAGGCCGGCGGCGCGGGCUCCCCUGGCUGAGGGCGGCGGGGGCGGCGGCGGCGGCGGCGGAGGCGGCGGCGGGGCGCAGGCCGAGGCCCGACGGGGGGCGGCGUGGCAGCGCCCAUGGAGGCCGACGAGCCGCCCCCGACGGGGACGGCGCUCUGGGACGCCAACAGCACGCAGCACAACGUCACAAAUGCUACCGCCUCCCCGUGCGCCUCGUGGCCCGCCUCCAGCCUGCGCGACGUCAACGACAAGACGUACGCGCUGGUGGAGUUCUACUGCGCGGCCACGCUCAUCGCCGUGUGCGCCGUGUCCGUGCUCAACAACGCGUGCGUGCUGCUGUCCACGUGCUGGAUCAAGCGCCGCCCGCUGUCCACCACCAUGCGCAUCUCGCUGUCCCUCACGGGCGCCGACACCAUCUCCUCCUUCUUCCUAGGCGUCUCCUACUUCAUCAACAACAUCCUCAACAGCGUGGCGCCCCAGGACACGUUCGACGUGGUGUACCACAAGAGUGAGUGCUACCGCGUGUUCCCCGAGCGCCUGACGUGCGUCAAGCUGGCCCUCGAGGCCCUGCGCCUGGGCGCCGUCCUCGUCACCAUGCUGCACCUGCUCGCGCUCGCCUCCAACCACUACCUGGGCGCGCUGCGCCCGCUGCACUCGCACGUCCGCCACGCCUACCUCUGCGUCGGGCUGGCCGCCAUCUGGAUCCUGCCCGAGGCCACGCUCUUCGCCUACUUUGCCUCGUUCGAGGACGACGGGUUUCGCGCGCCGGGCAACUGCGGCUACCAGUUCCUCACGCACUAUGACUUCCACAUCACCUUCUCCCUCUUCUUCUUCUUCGUCCUUAUGAUCAUGAUCUGCAUCUACGUCCACAUCUACAUCAUCGUGCAGCGGCACGAGCGGAACAGGCACCGCUUCAGGCGGACGGGCUCGACCCACCAGCGCGCCGAGCUGCGCCAGCUCAACGGCCGCGCGCACAUGCUCGUCCAGCGCGCGGCCACGGACCCCGGGGGCGCCGCGGCCGGCGGCUGGGGCGCGGCCGAGGCACCUGGCCCGGAGCCCAACGGCGGCACGGGGGACCACAGCUCGGCCGCCAGCAGUCUGAUGCGCAGCGCGCGGUCUCGGAGAGGGGGAUCGCCCCAGUUUCGGCGCAACAAGAAAGCCAUCGUGACGACGCUCUUCAUCCUGGGCUCGUACCUCAUCGGCUGGAUGCCGGGCGUCAUCUCCUUCAUGCUCGUGUGCGACAAGGACUGCCUCAUCCCCCGGGAGACGCUCCAGGUCAACUCCAUCCCCACGCUGCUCAUCUUCUGGUCCGUCAACAUGCUCAUCGUCAUCAAGACGCUGGCCAACUCCUUCAUCUACACGUCGCGGAUGAGGGACAUCAAGGACGCCCGGCGCAGCAUGUGCAACGCCCUCGCGCGCCGCUGCUGCCGCUUCCUGCCGCAGUCGGCCGACCCGGCGCGCGGCGCGCUCUUCGGCGGCCCGCCCACCGAGACCACGUGCCACCACGUGGGGGCCAUGGGCUACGCGGGCGGCCACUCCAUGUACUCGCGCUCCUCGGCGCGCAGGGUCAACCUCAACGGCGUGGGUCACGGCGGCCGGCGGCAGGCGGGCCUCGCCGUGGCCAUCGAGCCCGGGCGCAACCCCGACCCGCUGCUGGGGCUCGCGCAGUCUGACGUCUGAGGGGAGGCUGCAGCGUGGACCGCGAGCAAGACAAUGUCCCACCCCCAACCUUUAGAAAUGAUUGGAACUCAAGGCAUCGACACUACUCGGGAUGGGCGACUUUUCGUCGCAGACACGUGACUAGUGCGAUCAAUCCCGUCCUGUGCCAAGGCACGAAGCAACACGUUUCAGUGCCAAUAUUUCUUAAGUUGUGAGUACAAAUCGGAACUGAGGAAGCGACGACUGCACGGUCGUCUCCAUAGCACCAACAGACUUUGCCUGCCGAUCGAUUAUUGUUCGGGAAACUUAUGGAUGAAAAUCUCGAUUAAAAUUUGACCUGAGAGCCUUGAAAAACCCAAGUGUUGUACAGUACCUAUGAAGCCUUCAGAAACCUGGCAUUUGGAUUGUAAAACUCUGAGAAAAGUUUUCGUGUGUGUUAUUUCACUAAAAUAAACUUAUUUGGGGUAGGAAAAUCUGGAAUAAUUUUUUUAAUUUUCAGCCAAGUCGGGAGGAAAUUUGAGAUAAAAUGGGUGCCAAAGAAAGUGUAAUUCUCCUUUUGAUAAUGUAAUUUUUUUUCGGUGGUUUAUUUAAAUAAUGCAUGUUGCUUUAGAAUAAUUAAGUAAAUGCCAAAAUUUUAAAAGAACAAAACAUUGAAAACUUCUCUCAGAAUUUUGCUCAUCCAAAAUAUUUUAACAUUAUUUUUUUACAUUAAGGUAUAAAGGUACACCACGUUUUGUAUGGUCAGCAUAGGUUAAACCAAGACAACUACUCUCUGCUUAUUUUGAAAUCAAUGUUGUAUAUCAAAAUUGAGAUUUGAACCCCAUGAACUACUAUUAUUAAUAAAACCAAACUGGUGAGAAGUACAAAGUUUGAAUGUGAUGCAAGUUGGAUUAAAUAUUUUGGUAAGCUGAGUGGAUGACUGAAAUAUAUGAUAACGAUUCUGUA